AUUUAUCGCAGUCACGAGUUUGUAUUCCCAGAGCAAGCGGCUCCAAGUAAAGACGAUUAGGAGGUGGUGACCGAGUGUCGUUGAUCAGUUGCAUUAGGACACUCUGCGAGAAUGGCUCGUCAUACUUGCGAGGUCUUCAUAUUAGCCCUCGUGAUCUUCACCCCGGUGUUUGCUUUAACUAAGGACAAUUUAUAUCCCUAUACAGGAUCUACUUCACGCUACCUUCAAACCGAUCCAAAUGGCCAACUCUUAUCAGCUGAAGUUCAACUAAAAACACCAAUUUCUUUUUACGACAAAAUUUACGAGAGUAUUUAUGUAAACGGAAAUGGCGUUUUAUCAUUUAUCCGAUCAAUGCAGAGAUUCUUCAACAUUGCCUUUCCACUAGAUGAUCCAGUAAUUGCGCCACUCUAUACUCACGUAGACACAAAAGGUUCAGGAACGAUCUUUUAUGAGGAAACCGAUAACCCCGAAAUCCUUUCACGUGCUAGUGGAAUGGUUCGCGCUUCAUUCAAGAAUGCUCAGAAUUUUAUGCCAACCCACGUUUUUCUAACAACUUGGGUCGACGUGGGAUAUUUCAAUGAGAAAAGAGACAAGGUCAAUACGUAUCAAGUCGCCAUCAGUUCCAAUGGCACGCAUUCUUACGCUGAACUUCUUUAUCCCAAUGGAGGUAUCCAAUGGAUUCAAGGUGAAUCACAUCCAAAUGGACUUCCAGAUGCUAGAGCACAAGCUGGCUUUAUGAGUGAAGGAAAAAUGUACACUCUUAAAGGAUCUGGAACUGAUCAAAUUCAAAAUAUAGACAAAUGGUCUAAUAUCAAUAGACCAGGUCAAUGGAUAUUCCAAAUCGGGCCAAUUGCUGACGGACAAAACAUUAAAGUUCCAGACAAUAUUGAAACGUUUAACAAUUUGUUUCCAGAGUCCAAUCAACCUACUGACCAGACUUGUAUGACUGGAGCAACAACUUGUCACAGUAAAGCGACUUGCAUCGACUACGAGUAUGGUUAUUGUUGCAGUUGUAAGCAAGGAUUCUUCGGCAAUGGAAAAUCCUGUCAACCGAAUGAUUUACCUCUACGAGUAAUUGGCCGAAUUUCCGGAAAGAUAAACGAUGAAGAAUUCUCCGGUAGGGAUCUUCAAUGUUAUGUACAGACCAAGGAUGGUAGAACUUAUACUGCACUCUCGAGGAUACCUGAAAAUAUUGGUCAAAACUUCCAAUUAUUAAGUACUUUAGGUGGCAUUAUUGGAUGGUUGUUUGCCAAACCAAUUGGAAAAACGCAAAAUGGGUAUCAACUCACCGGAGGUUUAUUUAACCACACAGCUGAGUUGGUAUUUGGUACAGGAGAAAGAAUCACAAUAAAAAGCACAUAUUUGGGAUUAGAUGUCUUUGGUCAGCUCAAAAUGGAGGCUGAUAUCCAAGGAACUCUACCACAACUUCCACGCGAAGCAAAGGUUGAUUACGGUGAUCAUGAUGAACUCUAUACACUGAGUCAAAGAGGAAGUAUCAGGUCACACAGCAAUAGAUUUUACAAGCUCAAUGGAGACUCUACAGAGUAUCCAUUUACUUUAGAUCAAUCGAUAAUGUAUCAUGAUUGUCCUUAUGACACUUCAACUCCUGUUGACGAAACUACCAAACUCAAAUUCUCACGUGGAUUAACCACGUACGAAUCUCGUGAGGGAAUUUUGCGUUUUGCUAUGAAUACUAAAAUAACGCCAUUGGAAGAAGAAGAUCCUUGUAUUCAAGGAAGAGCAACCUGCAGUGAUCAUAGCUCUUGUGUAGUAGAUGGUGACGAUUUUAGAUGUGUUUGUAACACUGGAUAUCAACAGUUAUAUGAAGAAAAUGGAAGUUCUUCUUGUGUAGACAUCAAUGAAUGUACUAGCGGCUAUCACUUAUGUUCUCCUGAUGCACAGUGCAUUAAUAAUGAAGGAGGGCACAUUUGCGAGUGUAGACCAGGAUUCACGGGAGAUGGAAGACACUGUGAAAGAGUAUCCACUUGUGAAGAUAUACGAUGUGGUGAUUUCGAACAGUGUACGAUGGUAAAUGGGAAGCCAGUAUGUUCAUGUAUUAUGGGAUUUGUAAAUAAUGGACCUGGAUUGCCUUGUAUGCCUCUUGAAGACCCAUGUAAUUUAGCCAACAAUUGUUCUCCUCAAGGAACAUGCACUUAUGAUACAGAUCGCCAACAUCACAUUUGCAUAUGUCUUCCUGGAUUUGUUGGGGAUGGAUACACAUGCUAUGCGCAAUCUGAAGUAACUGGCUCAACUGAAGAACCUCCUACACCCCAUUGCGAAGCUGAGAUGUGUUGGUGUCCACCAGAAUGGGAAUUCCGAGAUAAUGUCUGUGUUGAAUCUAAUAAAAAUCAAUUUGGAACCUCAUCCUACUCAUCUAACAAAAAUCUAGCUGCACAGCCACUCCCGGAAUGCUUGAAGGACAACUGCAUUUGUCCCUGGGGAUACGAUUACUACCCACUGGACGACAGUUGCGUCCCUCAACCAGGAUACAAGCACGAGACGAUGGGUCCCUCAGGAUCCCACUUAUCUUGCAACGUCGUAAACACAUGUCACCCGUAUGCUCAAUGUGUCUUUAUCAAGGAAACCGAGGACUAUGAAUGCCGAUGUAAUUCUGGAUAUACAGGUGAUGGAACUGAAUGUGUCAAAGUAGAUGUAUCGUGCUUGGAAAUUGAUAUUUGUGAUCCUAAUGCAUGGUGCCGUUCUGACGAGCCAAUAGCCAGAUGUGUCUGCAAUCCAGGAUAUGAAGGAGAUGGACUCUCAUGUUACCUUAUUGAUGAAUGUAGUGAUCAUUCGGGGUGCGAUGAGGACGAGAUGUGCUCGUACAACCCUUCAAAAUCUCGUUAUGAAUGCACUUGUAGACCAGGCUUCACUUCAGUUGAUGACCGAUGUGUAGCAGACGACUGUUCUACCAAUCCUGGUCAAUGCCAUAUAAAUGGCGAGUGUGUGGCAAGUAAUGAUGGAUACAAAUGUGUUUGCAUAAGUGGCUACCACGGUGAUGGAAUUAAUCAAUGUGUUGAAGAACAUAUUGGAUGUAAUGUACUCAAUAAUUGCGGGAACAAUGCAGUCUGUGGGUACAAUCAAACCUCCAGAAAUUUUGCCUGUGUUUGUUUAUCUGGUUUUUAUGGUGAUGGAUACAACUGUUAUCCACAAGCGUCAUGUCGAGAGGACCCUAAUAUUUGUGCAAGAAAUGCAACAUGUGUAGCUGUCAGUGGCAGCAAUUUUGCUUGCGUAUGCAAUGAGGGAUUCACUGGUGAUGGAUUUAACUGCAAAGCUAAGCCUAAGCAAUUAGCUAAUUUUUUACUCGUCAAUCAAGGCAUGGCUACUUUGAGGAUUCCAUAUUUCCCGACUGCAGCACAUCCUGGUUCUCCAAUUCACCUGGAUUAUGCGCAGAUGGCAAUUGCUAUUGAUAUUGAUUGUGCUGCUGGUAAUGCAUACAUCAGUGAUAUUACUGGCAAUAAAAUUAAAAAAUUAUCAUAUAAUGGAUCACAUGUUGAGACUUUCCUUACUGGAGUUAGCAGUCCUGAAGGAAUAUCCAUUGAUUGGGUUGCCCGGACUCUUUUCUGGACUGAUUCUGGUAAAGGAACAGUUGAAGUAGCUCAUUUAGGUACUAAGAAAAGGAAGGUACUUGUUUCCGAUGGUCUCGUCAAUCCUCGAGGAAUUGCUGUUCAUCCUUAUCGAGGAAAAAUAUUUUGGUCAGAUUGGAAUAGAUUGAUGCCUAAAUUAGAAUGGGCUAAUGAAGAUGGAACGGGUCGUGAAAUAUUUCUAAGGGGAGAUAGUAUCAUGUUACCGAAUUCGUUGAGUAUUGAUUGGGGAACUGACGAAUUAUGUUGGACUGAUGCUGGCACUUUUACAAUCAGUUGCAGCCCUAUUGAUAAUAAAGAAAUUCGUGUCAUUGUCAAAGAAUUAUCCUAUCCUUUUGGAUUAGCUAUUUCUCAAGAUAAUUUCUACUGGACUGACUGGAAAUCACAUAAAAUAGAAGUUCUAUCUAAAGCCACUGGGGAUCGAGAGAAAUCUAUUUCUGUACCUCCCGGAGGAAGCGGCAAACUUUAUGGCAUCGUUACAGUUCCAGAAUCAUGUCCUAGAAUAUCAAACAUGUGCCAAUAUGAAAACGGACGAUGUCAUAAAGAUCAACUUUGUCUGCCUGACGGUCAAGGUGGACGAACAUGUGCUUGUGCCGAUGAUGCCACUGGACCUUGCACAGAAUCACGUUAUACAUUGUAGUGUAAAAAUUGGAAUCAACAUUUUUCUAUCGCGUUUAUUAUUAUUUUAUUACUAUCAUUAUAAUUAUUUUACUAUUAUUAUUAAUUAGUUAAUGUAAUAAUUAAUUAAUUAAUUAAUAUGACUCAUAAUGCACGUUCCACAAAAAUUUUUCAUCAAUUCAAACUAACAUCA